GGUGUGCGCAUUGGCAUUUGCCCCCCUCCCUCCCUCCCUCCCUCCCUCAGCGAAAGGAGGCCAGACAGGCAGAGAGAGCGCAGGGCUUGCAAAGUGCUUCCCUCGCACUUCAUCACAACCAUUGAGCUUUAGGAUUAUGGCUUCCGAGGAGCUGUAUGAGUGGGACUUGGACCAGCUGGAAAUAUGGACUGAAAAAUGGUACAGUCGGCCCUCCUUAUCCGCGGAUUCAACGAACUGCGGAUCGGGAAAUCCCGGAAGUUCUCUCUCCAGCACUCGUCGUUUGAGCAGGUAGAGAGAAUUGUGGCCAAGAGGAAAAAUAAAAAGGGGCGAACAGAGUACUUGGUCCGAUGGAAAGGUUAUGACAGUGAUGAUGACACAUGGGAACCAGAACAUCAUCUGGUGAAUUGUGAGGAGUAUAUUCUGGAGUUUAACAGGCAGCACAGUGAUAAGCAAAAAGAUGGACCUUUUUCCAGAGCAAACAAACAUUCUUUAAACAAUGCUCGCAAACAAAUUUCCAGGUCGACCAACAGUUCUCUGUCAAAGUCUUCUCCCAGAUCACCAGGAAUUGGUAAAGACACUGACUCAAAAAACUCCAGCCAGUUUUUGUCAAGUCACCAGAAAUUCCGAAAAACCAGCUCUCAAACUCUAUCCAGUAGGAAGACAAUGGACCUUACUAAAUCAGGCAUCAAAAUCCUGGUUCCCAGAAGCCCUCUAAAGAAUAGGAUAGUAGUUGAUGGCUUUCAGGAUAAUUCAUCAGAUAGAUUUGAUCAAAUGGCACAGAAUCCAGACUCUGUAGCACCAGACCUGGCUAUUGAAAAGCCAUUUGGGACUUUGCUUGUCCCUGGAACAGAGAGAGCAAGAAUGGGAACCAGGCCAAGAACGCAACCAUCGUCACCCCAGCUGCCACUUCCAGUCACAGGGGCCAUGGCUUCUGCAUUAUCAUUUAAUGGAAAAGGUACUCCUACUUUCUUGGACACUUUGGGGGCUAAUGGUACAGCGACUAUUCAAAGUUCAGUAACAGGAGUUACAGGAAACAAAAGGAAAUUUUUUGAUGACAGACGGGACCAACCUUUUGAUAAGAGAUUAAGGUUCAGUGUGAGACAAACUGAAAGUGCCUACCGAUAUAGGGAUAUUGUUGUCAGGAAACAAGAUGGGUUUACACACAUUUUACUUUCUACUAAAUCAUCAGAAAAUAAUUCCCUAAAUCCAGAGGUUAUGAAGGAAAUGCAGAGUGCUCUGAAUACUGCAGCAGCUGAUGAUAGUAAAUUGGUUUUGCUAAGUGCCGUAGGAAGUGUCUUUUGUUGUGGUCUUGAUUUUAUUUAUUUCAUUCGACGACUAACAGAUGAUCGAAAGAGAGAAAGUAUUAAAAUGACAGAGUCUAUCAGGAGUUUUGUCAAUACUUUUAUUCAAUUUAAGAAACCAAUCAUAGUGGCCGUGAAUGGUCCUGCAAUUGGUCUUGGAGCUUCCAUUUUACCCCUUUGUGAUGUGGUGUGGGCCAAUGAGAAAGCAUGGUUUCAGACUCCUUAUACUACUUUUGGACAGACUCCAGAUGGAUGCUCAUCUCUGACAUUUCCCAAAAUAAUGGGUUUAGCUUCAGCGAAUGAAAUGCUAUUCAGUGGACGAAAGUUGACUGCACAGGAAGCAUGUGCUAAAGGAUUGGUAUCACAGGUUUUCUGGCCCGGAACAUUCAGUCAGGAAGUUAUGGUCCGCAUUAAGGAACUAGUCACAUGUAAUUCUCUUGUACUUGAAGAAUCCAAAGCUCUUGUUCGAAAUGCCAUGAAGGGUGAUCUGGAACAGACCAAUGAAAAUGAAUCUGAUGUUCUAAGGAAAAUUUGGAGCUCUUCUCAGGGGAUGGACUCAAUGCUGAAGUACCUACAAAAGAAAAUUGAUGAGUUCUGAAAAUGCUUUUAUUGGAAAAUUCUUUCCUGCUGGGUUGCCUGUUGGCUUCAGAAUGCUCUCACAUAAAAAUAGAGGCACAGGAGAAACCGUCAAAAGACACAUUCUUGAGUGGCAUCUGCUCAGAAACAAGCAUCGAUGGUGGAAGCUGAAGAUGUUCAUUAGUCAAAAUCUCAACAGGAGAGAAAGCUGUGAGAGGUUAAUAAUUGGUGUGCACUACCAAACCUUGCAAUUGUCUUUGCUUAUCCAGUAGCUUUUGUCCUUUACAGUUACUGCACUCUACUGCACUUUCCAGAUCCAAAUGCAUUGUAUGGUGUGUUUGUGACAGGAAAGUUUGAAAAACACUCAGCUUCAAAAAUGGGAGGAAAGAAAACGGGUACUAACUAGCCCCCUUCUCACUGCCAGAGAGUAAUGAGGCUGGUUUAAAUUAGAAUAUAAAUACUGUCAAAAUUCCUAAAAAAAAAGGUCAUACGUAUAUUGUUUGGGGAAGAGGAUUACAAUUACCUCAACAACAAAAAAGAACAAAAAAAAGUGUGAUUUCUGACAGUGGAUCCAAUCUCUAACAUAAAUCCUUAAGACUAUACAUAUCCCUUCAAAGAGUCUGUGUGUACAUGUUAAAUGUGCUCAGGAGAUGUGUAUUAAACGUUUGACCCAGUUCCAGAAUUUAUUAGUAUGUUAUCCAAUAAGCAUGAAGAAACCACUGGCUCCUUAAGAAAAGCUCGCCUUGCAGUAUUAGUGAUUCUUUGUGAAUCUUAUAUACGGAAACAACAUAAGUUAAAGAUUAGUUUUAGUGUUUUAUAAAGAGUGGGUUUUUCCAUUUUUUUUAAUCAAAUACAAUAUACUUCUGUUUCUGGGUGAAUAUAAAUUAUAGAAAGAGCUUAUGUUUCUUUGCCAGUUACAAUGUAUUACACCAAAAAUGCUUUAUGAAUUCAUAACUAUGGUUUUAGUACCACUUUAGAAACAUUUUCUUAAUUUAAUAAGUUUUUUUAAAGAAAUUCCUUUUGGCACACUAUUCAAAAAAAAUUCAAAAAAAUCCUAAAAGUAGGUAAUUCUUGUAUCUUUUUGUUUAAAUGUUACACUAUGACAUGUUCUUAAUGGUGCCCCAGAUAAGUAGUAUUGUGCAUUCCUUUUAGGAGUGGUAAUUAAUUCCUGUUUGCAGAUAUCUCCUGGAUAUGGUUAUCUGCACUUGCAAUCUUCUCUGAAUGUAUUAAUGGAAAUUAAAUCUUAUUUUUGUACAGUUUAUUUGUUUGUACUUAGAAAUGAUCACCUCCCUUCCUAGUGGAGAGCUGUACAUUGUGUAAAUCUGCCUUUACUUUGGAUUGGUACAGUAUUUUUGCAUCUGUGGGACCUACUUUUUGUUCAGUAGUUUAAACUAUAUUAUAAACUGUACAAUCUGUAAAGUUUUAUAGGUUAUUAAUUAAAAUGAGCUGUGAAAAGAUCUGGAUAAAAUAAACUAAUAUUUCAUAUUCAAAGCACACCAAAUUGUAAAGCUUAUUGAACCAGUUCUGACCCUAUAUUCACAGCGUACAUGUGCAUUAUAGUUGUGAGAACUGGCCUAGAAACAGUCAUGAGUAAAGUCAGUAAAUUGACAGAGAACAGGAACAGAAAGGUUCAUGUUUUACAUAUUCUGUAACAGCCGAGCUUCAAGGAAAAUAAUCUACACACUAAUUUCUGCAAAUAUGUGCCAGUCAGGGCACAUGGACACACAGUGAGGGGAUAUUAGCUUUUUAUCUUAAUUAUGCAACACCUUACUGAGAUAUAAUGUCUUGAUUUUAUUAAUGAUUUCAAUUUAAAAUUAUGUUUGGUGACAAAUGCAUAGAAAUAAAUGUCCAUAAGGUUUAAUUAAAUUCUGAAAUUUAAGCCUUUUGAAUUUUGAUUAUAUUGGUUAAUGUCAUUGAGUGAGUGCUUUGCAGGAGCAAUGGCAUACUUGUAUGUCAGCUUACUGUUUUUCAGAUGAGUUGCCAUGAACUAAAUUGCAUCUUAACAUUACAAAUCAAAGUCUGAUAUUUGACCAAAUUAUUUGUAUAGAUAUGCUAACUGGACUCAAGUUUCUUGGUACUGGGGUUUUAUUUUUUUUAAUUCUGCAUGACAACUUAUGGCAAGCAAGCUAUUCUCAAUGAAAACAGAAUUUCAAUCCAGGCUGGAGAAGUAUUAAUUAACAGAAUUAACUUGGGUCCUAUUACCCAAACCCAUACAAAUUUCUGCAUCUAAAACCAACUGAUACUUAAAAGUAGUGCUGUUUUUCAAAUGAGGUGCUGCCUUAGGAAUAAAAUGUUACGCCUGCACACUGUUCAAGAUUCAAGUUAUUCUUUACUACCAUCACCAAAACAGAAUAACUGCCUAGUUAUUUCUUGUUAAUGUGACUUUGAAACACAAAUUGGCUAUCAGAUACUUAGCAAUUUAGCAAUGACAGUGGUUUCCAGUUAAUUGGGCCAACAGGUAAUCUGGGCAGUUGCUUAUUUGGAACAAUUCUGUAAAAACAAAACAAAUUGAGAAAGUAGCUGUGAUUCCCUUAAUUUCAUUUGGCGCAUUGUGCUACUUAAUUUGGACAGGAAACUGUUGCUGAAUGGUUUCUAACUAGAGUUAGUUGUGUGCACUUGUGUGGCUGUUAGAUGCUACAUCGCACUUUGAGCAAACAGUUUUUAAAUAGCACAAGUGUGUGCUUGUGUUAUGUUAUCCAUUUGAUACUUCUGUUUACUAUUUUUACUUUGAAAAUGUUCAAACACUUACCAAGAUGCCAUGACAUCUACUGUAUCUACACUAGAUAUCUAUGCUGACUUUGUUCAAUUACAGUCAAUCAAAAGAACAUGGCAGCAUAUAUUGGAUGUAGGACAGAUAGCCAAAACAGUCUUAACACCACUGGCACCAACCUACCCACCAUCAAAGACAUGUAUACACAAAGGUGCGUGAAAAGAGCCAGUAAUCAUGGAUUGUCCCACCUUCAUUAGGGAGGAGAUGGCUAUAUAGCAUCCACACCAGGACCAUUGGAUUCAAAAGCAGUUAUUUGCCCGAGACAGUAAGGCUGAUCAACACCUCCACACACAAAUCCCCACCCCUCAACAUUAAUGGUUUAUUUCCUUUCAGUCAGCUUAUGUACAGACAUUCCUAUGCCUAACAUCUCUGGGCAUACGAACAAUCUUAUGUAUAACUAUGUAUUAUAUUUAUUGGUUUUUUUUUAUUAUUGCGUUCUUCAUCUUACUGAUUUUUUUUGUGCUGCAUCAGAUCCAGAAUAACAAUUAUUUCAUUCUCCUUUACAUAUGUGUACUGGAAAUAUCAUUAAACAAUCGAAUGAAUUUCUCCAUAAAUAACUAUUAGGAAAACACAGUUUUAUAGUACUGUAGUAAUAUUAGUAAUGUUCAAGUUAGGUCUGUAUUUUAUUUGAAUACGUAAUUUGUUGUUCGGUUAAAUUGUAGCUUGACUUUUUUUGAUGUCUUUUUAACUAUUUCCAUGAAACUUUGAUAAUUGGGGCAGCUGUUUAAUUGGGCCAAAAUAUACUGGUCCAAAUGUGUCCCAAUUAACCAGAAUCCACUGUAAUAGUGAAGCAUAAUGAAUAAAGGCAUUGUUUAAAUGCAGUUUGUUCUUUAGAAAAGGAACAAAACAAAAAAUACAAGAAAUGUGAGCAAAUUAUGAUGCUCUGAUUAUUGAGAGUGGUGAGGACAGGUACAUGAAUAGAUGGUCUUUUCCUGCAUGUUAGCAUACUAUGACCCAUGUGAAAUGUGAUAAAUGAAAUGAGACAAUCAAUACAGGUGCAAAAAUAAUCAAAGCCUAAUUUUAAAGAUUCUUAAAAUCAAGUUUAGGCAAAAUCAAACACAUUAGUUUUUCAUGGGACAGUGAUUGGAAUUGGAGUCUGGAUUCAGGGAAGGAAAGGUAGGUGCCCUAGUUGUUUAGAAUAAAAUUAGAACAAAAAAUAGGUCAGCAAUAAUUGUAACCGUUUCAGUCCUGUUGUUGGUCUAGUUUCUAGACCCUAAGUCCCAAACUGUGCCUGUAGAUGAACUGCAGCUAAGUCUAACAAUGACUAAACCUCAAAAGUACUCAAUUAGUUGCCAAGCACUGGAGAUCCUAAUAAGGACAUGCAAGGGUGUUAUAAUAAUAAAGCUGUCUUUUUCAGUUAUCAUUAUGCAAGCCCAGAUAUCUAACAAUCCACCAAUUCUUGAUCAUUUGUAUAGUUUCUCAGUUUAGCCAAUUUGUGGUAGAUCAUUUGUUUAACAAUGCAGUGUGGUAAGAUAAAGAAAAAACUGUAUGCCAUUCAUUCAAUUUUGUCAAUUAGUUUCAAGCAUCUGUUAUUCUAUAGGUCGAUUACACUCCUGCUUCAAAGGAUACCAUAUUGUAUGGAAUGACUUUUUUGUUUAAAGCUGAGUGGAUCAAAAUAAGUAUAAAGCCUUGGCUACAGGUUGUUUAUAUUAAAUGUGGAAUCUGAAUGUUGCUUUUGGUUUUGCCAAUAUCAGGAUACAACACGUGGAGUUGGUGCCAGCCUGUCCUCUGAUAGCUUAAAUAAAUCAUAGUUUUCAAAAUCUGUUCCACUUUUUCUUCAUUAUCACAAUUUAAACAAAUCCCAAAAUGAUCUGUUGGUCCAUCUGUGCAUUCCAUUUACUAGAAAUUGUUUAACAGCAUAUUCCCAUUUCACACCAAGAGAAUUGAACUUUUCCCACCAGUAAUCUGCCAGCAGGUUUUCUCUCAAUCGUUUAUUUGGACUUCAACAGAAACUGUUUUGUUUAAAAAAAGAUUAUUAGAAGCC